CGCCUUGUACACGGAGCUGGAGCUGCGCUGCACUGAUUUAUCGGAUCGGAAAACCGUAAGACGGCCCGUAUGAAUUAAGUCAUCAAGACCCCGCCAGGAUAAGACAAGAUAGAGUGCUUAUCCAGAAUAUAAUUUGUCAUUUUUCUUUGGUAGUAAUCAUCAAGCUUCCUCCAAUUGACCAAGAUCGUUAAAGGACAGUGGACGUGGUCGUGGAACCUUAAAAAAGAUAAUCAGCAGAAUUAGAAGUGCACAUUGACAUUCAUUGGUCAUUGGUGUUCCAUUGCCAAUUGCCCGAAGAAGUUCUGGCGGCCAAGCACCACCACCGUCGACUCACUCAGCUCGGAUUCAGCCGCUUUCAGCGCUCCAUCGCCCGGGCCGUGUUGCAGACUGUAUAACGCGGUCUUUCAAUCAUUGAUAAAUUUUAGGAUUUUUUCUCAAAGAGAAAGUCCUACAACUUCAAGAAGUGAAUUAUCUUUUCGCCAACUCACACAGGUAGAGACAUUGAAACAUGGAAAACGUCAAUUUGAAGCCUGGUAGUUUGCAAGAACUUAUUGAAACCCUCCACAUUCUCUUUGCCACCGACAAGGUUAACAUUGAGGAUGUUCAAGCUGCAAUGGAAAACUAUGAAAGUAAUGAAGACGACUGGGAAAAGUAUGCAGUAUUUGAACAUUACAGGUAUACAAGAAAUCUUGUUGAUGAAGGAAAUGGCCGUUUUGAUUUGAUGGUUCUCUGCUGGUCUGAAGGCCAAGGAAGCUCGAUUCACAGUCAUUCCGAUGCACAUUGCUUCAUGAAGGUCCUAGAUGGGACAUUACAAGAAUCUAUGUUUGCUUGGCCAGAAGACUCAAAGAAAAAGAACGCCAUGACUCAAUUAGCAGUCAAUACCUAUGAGAGGGACCAAGUGGCUUACAUAAAUGAUUCUAAGGGACUUCAUCGGGUGGAGAAUCCUAGUCACAGUGAUCUUGCAGCAAGUCUUCAUCUCUACUCCCCACCAUUCCAGUCAUGUCAAUGUUUUGAUCAGAGGACAGGCAAAUCAACCACAAGUACAGUCACCUUCUGGUCCAAAUAUGGGGAGAGGACACCCUAUAAACCUGGUCGGUCUACAUCUGUGUGCUUUGAACCAGAGAACAACUAACAGUCAACUGAAUCAGUUCUUCCAUGAGUCACCAGAGAGAGAGAGAGGUAGGAGAAUGAAGGAUAAGAAUGAUCAGUCCUUUACCUUCUGAAGACAGAGGUCACUCAUGGCCGUGUAACACAAACCUGAGCGAUUAAUAUUACAUUUCAUUUUCACAACUGAUAGUCUAAUAGUUUGAAGCAGAUGAUGGCCAGUGCGUCAUGAAUAUCAGUGCUAUGAUCGAUCACUUUGCUAUGUGUUACAGGGUCUUGAAGACACAAGCAGUACAUCUGAUUCAUCAAGAAAAUGACUAAAAUGCACUGAAAUUUGCUCGUGUGAAAUAAAUAUUCAUCAUGAUUUUGUAGAAUGUACAGAAUGUGCUGAAAUACCUUGUCAGCAUUUGCCCUUUAUUUGCCCUUUUUGUUUUUGUCCAUGUUCACUUGCAGUCUAUGUCCACAGCACCCUACACGGUGUAGUUGGUUAUGUCUUGUACAUGUAACUGUCAUGAAAUGAGAGUUAUUUGGUUUGACACCCCAUAGGAUUGUUUACCUGUAUGAUGUCAUUUACACCAGUAUUCAAUUUCUACAUAUUGAACUAAUUUGAACAACUGCAACAACUCAUAACUUUACAAAAAUAAACAAUAAUAUGCUGUACACUUGUAAAUUCACUGUACAUAGUUCUGAAAUGUUAGAAUAAAAAGAACAGCAAUUAAUCAAUUUGACUGACAGCAUUUAUUUUUGAAUGGCAAAACUACAUAUGGUUUUCAUAAAGUGCCUUGUAUUGUCUUAUUCCAAAAAUAAAAUGAAAUAAGGUGUAUAUUUUUGAGCAAAGAUGGUGUUGGUAUAAUGUUUUUAAACAUUCAGCUUGGUGUAUUUUGAAGUUGAUUGAAUUUUUUACUUCUCAUGUGCAUUUAUGUCAAAUUCAAUGUUCAAAGAUUAGCUGUGUAUAUCUCGAUGUAUUCUCUUUUCUCUCUGUUUUAAUUUAAGUAUGUCAUCGAAGGCCAUUAUUCAUGUAAAACCAAUAUCCAAUGAGAAAUAAAACAUUGUAUUCAUAGAAUGGAUAGCCUUUGUUUCAUUCCUGAAUAGGUGAAAAUGAACACAAAUAUAUAUACAUUUAUUUUUUACAUUGAUUGAUAAAUUUGGAAAAUUCAUGCUGGCAAUUGACAAUUUGUUACCUAAUGAUUAUGGAGAAAACAAAAUCAAAUCAAAGUGUAAAUUUCAACCCUGAAAUUGUAAUUUUAUUCAUUAAUUAAUAUGUAAAGU